CGGUUCCGGGUCGUGGCGCGGCUCGGGAUAACAGGGCUGCUGCUCGGCCGGUCGGCGGCGGCGAGCAGCCGGGACAUGAGGGCUAGCCCGGGCGACGGCAGCUGAGAGGGCCGGGAGGAGCACCGGUCCCCGAGGAUCCCGAGAGUGCAGAGUCGGGGCAGGGGCCGGGAGGCGUGGGGGAGCCGGGCCCUCCUCUCAGGAACGUUUCCCAAGGCCAGCCCGGCCCGUAGUGUGGAAGCAGCUUCAGGUAGGUGAGCUCGUGAAACAAUAUGAAGAGGAGAAAAUAGCCUUUUAAGGAAUUGGCCCACAGAGAGGAUGGCCUUCUUGGACAAUCCAACUAUCAUUCUAGCUCAUAUUCGACAGUCCCAUGUGACGAGUGAUGACACGGGAAUGUGCGAAAUGGUUCUCAUUGAUCAUGAUGUUGACCUAGAGAAGAUUCAUCCUCCUUCAAUGCCUGGAGACAGUGGGUCAGAAAUUCAGGGAAGCAAUGGUGAGACUCAGGGCUGUGUGUAUGCCCAGUCAGUCGAUAUUACCUCCAGUUGGGACUUUGGUAUUAGAAGACGCUCAAACACAGCUCAAAGAUUAGAACGGCUCCGAAAAGAGAGACAAAACCAGAUCAAAUGCAAAAAUAUUCAGUGGAAAGAAAGAAAUUCUAAGCAAUCAGCCCAGGAGUUAAAGUCACUGUUUGAAAAAAAAUCCCUCAAAGAGAAGCCUCCAAGUUCUGGAAAGCAGUCAAUUUUAUCCGUACGCCUGGAGCAGUGCCCUCUGCAGCUGAAUAACCCCUUUAAUGAGUAUUCCAAAUUUGACGGCAAGGGUCACGUCGGCACUACAGCCACCAAGAAGAUAGACGUCUACCUCCCCCUGCACUCGAGCCAGGAUAGACUGCUGCCAAUGACCGUGGUGACCAUGGCCAGCGCCAGGGUGCAAGACCUGAUUGGGCUCAUCUGUUGGCAGUACACCAGCGAAGGACGGGAGCCGAAGCUCAAUGACAACGUCAGUGCCUACUGCCUGCACAUUGCUGAGGAUGACGGGGAGGUGGACACAGAUUUCCCCCCGCUGGAUGCCAAUGAGCCCAUUCAUAAGUUUGGCUUCAGUACUCUGGCCCUGGUUGAGAAGUAUUCCUCGCCUGGUCUGACAUCCAAGGAAUCACUCUUUGUUCGAAUAAAUGCUGCUCAUGGAUUCUCCCUUAUUCAGGUAGACAACACAAAGGUCACCAUGAAGGAAAUCUUGCUAAAGGCGGUGAAGCGAAGAAAAGGAUCCCAGAAAAUUUCAGGCCCUCAGUACCGCCUGGAGAAGCAGAGCGAGCCCAACGUCGCCGUGGACCUGGAGAGCACCUUGGAGAGCCAGAGCGCCUGGGAGUUCUGCCUGGUCCGCGAGAACAGUUCAAGGGCAGACGGAGUUUUUGAGGAGGAUUCGCAAAUUGACAUAGCGACAGUACAGGAUAUGCUUAGCAGUCACCAUUACAAGUCAUUCAAAGUCAGCAUGAUCCACAGGCUGCGGUUCACCACCGACGUGCAGUUAGGUAUCUCUGGAGACAAAGUAGAGAUAGACCCCGUUACGAACCAGAAGGCCAGCACUAAGUUUUGGAUUAAGCAGAAACCCAUCUCAAUCGAUUCCGACCUGCUCUGUGCCUGUGACCUUGCUGAAGAGAAAAGCCCCAGUCACGCAAUAUUUAAACUCACGUACCUAAGCAAUCAUGACUACAAACACCUCUACUUCGAAUCUGACGCUGCUACGGUCAACGAAAUCGUGCUGAAGGUUAACUACAUCCUGGAAUCCCGAGCAAGCACUGCCCGCGCGGACUACUUUGCGCAGAAACAAAGGAAACUGAACAGACGUACAAGCUUCAGCUUCCAGAGGGAGAAGAAAUCCGUGCAGCAGUGACACGGGCCUCCAGCCUCAGUCUGCUGCCGCCGCUCGGCGCCUGCCCGCCCACCCCGUGUCCCGCUGUCCUUGGGGCAGGCCGCUCCCCAGCUCACGGACUCACUGGGAGGGCGCAGGGCUGGGGGCGCCCUAGGCUGGAGCACUGAGCACGUGGCCACGGACCGCAGCGUGAUUGGCAGUGGCUCUGCUGGGCGCUGCCCGGCGCCUGCCGAGGCUGAACAUAGCCGUGCCCAGACAUUUCCCUGCGACUCGAUCAAAUUUCUUAAGGCAAAUGAAGAACAAAAAUGUACAUUUCUUUUUUUUUUUCCUUUUAAUAAACAGGCGCACUCUUUAUCA